AUGGAAAAGAGAAAUCUAACAGCCAUCAGGGAGUUUGUCCUUCUGGGACUGCCUGAUUUGGCAGAGCAGCAGCACCUCCUGUCUGUGCUCUUUCUUUGUAUGUACUUUGUCACCGUGCUGGGGAACAUGCUCAUUAUCUUGACAGUUUGCUCUGACUCGCGCCUCCACUGCCCUAUGUAUUUCUUCCUUAGCAACUUGGCCUUUGUUGACAUCUGUUUUACUUCCACUACCAUCCCCCAAAUGGUGGUGAACACCUUGACUGACACACAGACUAUCCCUUUUGCAGGCUGCCUCACUCAGCUCUUUUUCUUCAUUUCCUUUGUAAAUAUGGAGAGCCUCCUUCUCUGUGUCAUGGCAUAUGAUAGGUAUGCAGCGAUUUGCCACCCUUUACAUUAUGCCACCAUAAUGAAUACUCGCCUUUGUGUCCAGCUAGUGGCCGGGCUCUGGCUUGUCACCUACCUCCAUGCCCUUCUACAUACUGUUCUGAUAUUACAUCUAUCCUUCUGUGCCUCCAAUAUCAUCCAUCACUUCUUCUGUGAUCUCAACCCUCUCCUGCAGCUUUCUUGCUCUGACAUCUCCUUCAACGUCAUAGUCAUGUUUAUAGUAGGAGGUCUACUGGCUCUCACACCCCUUAUCUGCAUCCUCAUAUCUUAUGGAUUCAUCUUUUCCACCAUUCUGAAGAUCACUUCUACUCAGGGGAGACAGAGAGCUCUCUCCACCUGUGGCUGUCACCUGACAGUGGUGGUGCUGUUUUAUGGCACAGCGAUUGCUGUCUACUUCAGCCCCUCCUCCUCUCACAUUCCUGAGAGUGAUGCACUGUCAGCCAUCAUGUAUUCAGUAGUGACUCCAAUGCUGAAUCCAUUCAUCUACAGUCUAAGGAACCGGAAUAUGACGAGAGCACUUCAGAAAAUGUUUUGUAAGCGUAUUUCAGAAGUGAUAACAACCCCAAUGACUGAAUAUAAGAAAAAGCAUAUUUCUAGGCAGCCAUAA